GUUCGUACACACGUACACACUACACAGUGUAUUUGAUCUACACUGUGUACGCACACUAAUCCAAUCCAGUGAUUUACAGCCGUUCUGAGAUCGAGUUCAAACCAAUACGUUUGCGCUUCUCGGUCAUCCGCUGCGUGGACUGAAAGCGGACAUUUUCUCUGGGAUACUAUUGAUCAGUGCGUAUAAAGGAAAAAUGCAUUAAGCAUUAAUGUAUGGCCACAGUCCCCUUGUAUCGGCGUUUUCAAAAGCCGCUGAAACAUUUGAAUAUCUCCACUUACCGCUCGGAUAUAGAUGCCUUAGCGCGGCUACCAACACAAUUUGUUUUACCAGAUCACAGAUAGAUUAGGUGUGUUUGAUGCAGGCAGGAAACAACGUUUGCCGGCAUGCUUUCUAAACAGAAGUUUUCAGUAACUGUAGAAAAUUAAAGCGUGCUUCUCCUAAUUGUCUUCGGAUAUGGAAGUGUGAGUACAUAGGAUGAACACGAGGACACCGAGAUGGGUGUUCGUAGAACAGCAUUCAGGAGUUGCACGUGAUGUGAUCUGGACUGGACGUGCUCUACUGGGAAUCAUACGAAGCACCAAAGUCAUAUAGUUUAAGGGUGAAUGGCCGACAGCGCCCUCUAUUUGCAGCGUGCGUGACGCGGUGAUGGGCUGCGACCUCACCAAAACCACGUCCGUGGCAGUUGAAGAGACAGACGCUCCAGAAGAAGUUAAAAAGUCUGGAUUUACCGAGACUCAGAUUGACACUAUUAUCAGUACCUGGCCCGUGUUGUACCGUGACCCGGUUCGAACCGGCGCCCAAGUCUUCAUAAGAAUAUUCACAGAUGUGCCUGGCUUGAAAAAACUGUUUGGACAGUUUGGGUCGUACAGUGUGGAAGAACUGAUGGAACUAAAAUCAUUUCGCGACCACUCUAGACUCUUCAUGGAAGUGAUCCAGACAAUCGUCGACAACAUCGAGACUCUGCCCAAGGAGACCCAGAACGACAUCAUCGCGCUGGGGGCGUCUCACGCCACCUUCCACGGCUUCGACAAACAGUACUUUCGCAUCUACACCAAGUGUCUGUUGGAGGUGUGGGAGCAGGAGCUGGGGGAGGAGUUCAUUCAGGAGGUCAGGGAUUGCUGGCUCCUCGUGUUCGAAUACCUCGUCGACAAGAUGUCAGAGGGGUUCGACCUCUGCCACAAAGACAUGGACUCGGACCACUUCAGUGGCAUGUUGAGUGACGGGAUGUUUUCCAAGGAGCACCAGCACCAGACGUGCACGACGUAGUAGUUAUAUAGUGUGUCUGUGAUACAAAUAUAUGUAUAUAUACGUUGUUGACACGUUGACGUCAAGAUACGACUUUCUUGACCAGGGCCCCGUUUUAUGAAGCGAUCUUAGCGCUAAUUUCACCUUAAGUGCAUAAGAUACCAUGGUGCAUAGGCGUAGGAACCAGGAUGGGGGAAUAAGGGGGCGUGUCCCCCCCCCCCCUUUCUUGAUCCAGUAACAGC